CUGAACAGCGUGGAGCUGCAGGGCUGCAGCAGCGACAGCCUGAACAGCAACGCCAGCCUCCCCAGCGUUCAGAGCCACCGCCGCCACACCGAGCGCCGCGAGUUCCUAAAGAAGGAGUUCAGUGAGGAGAACAUCCUCUUCUGGCAGGCCUGUGAGUUCUUCAGCCACGUCCCGGAAAAUGACAACAAACAGCUCUCCCAGCGCGCCCGGGAAAUCUACAACAGCUUCCUGUCCAGUAAAGCCACCACUCCGGUCAACAUCGACAGCCAGGCCCAGCUGGCCGACGACAUCCUGAACGCGCCCAGACCCGACAUGUUCAGGGAGCAGCAGCUGCAGAUCUUCAACCUGAUGAAGUUUGACAGCUACACGCGGUUCCUGAAGUCCCUGCUGUACCAGGAGUGCAUGCUGGCGGAGGUGGAGGGCCGGCCCCUGCCCGACCCCCACCACGUCCCCAGCAGCCCCACCUCCAAACACAGCACCACCGGCUCCGACCGCUCAAACCUGUCCACGCCCAAGAAGGAGGACAAAAAGAGCAAGUCGGGCCGCUCCCUGAACGAGGACGGCCGGGAGGACUCCGGAGACCGGAGGAAAGGCAUGUUCUUCUCCUGGUCUCGCAACAGGAGUUUUGGAAAAGGCCCAAAAAAACGAGAGCUGGCCGACUUCAAUUUC